ACUCAAAUUUUAGCAGGACCCGGACGCCUUUCAGCUAGUUCCGCGGGCCGGGCCUGCUGGACUUUUCCGCUCACUGGCACGGGCAGCGGUCCAACAUGAGCCAGGUUCUGUUCCAGGAACUAGUCCCGCUGCAGGUGAAAUGCAAAGACUGCGAGGAGAGGAGAGUAAGUGUUAGAGUGAGCAUUGAACUACAAUCAGUUUCUAAUCCAGUUCACAGAAAGGAUUUAGUUAUUCGUCUGACUGAUGAUACCGAUCCAUUUUUUCUGUAUAACCUUGUUAUAUCUGAGGAAGAUUUUCAGAGUUUAAAAUUCCAACAAGGCCUUCUGGUAGACUUCUUAGCUUUCCCACAAAAAUUUAUAGAUCUUCUUCAGCAAUGUACUCAAGAACAUGCCAAAGAAAUUCCAAGGUUUUUGCUGCAGUUAGUUUCUCCAGCACCUAUUUUGGAUAACUCACCUGCCUUUUUAAAUGUGGUAGAGACAAAUCCUUUUAAGCAUCUUACACACCUCUCACUAAAACUUUUACCUGGAAAUGAUGUGGAAAUAAAGAAGUUUUUAGCCAGCUGUUUGAAAAGUAGCAAGGAAGAAAAAUUAUCAUUGAUGCAAUCACUAGAUGAUGUUACUAGGCAACUGAAUUUCACACAAAAGACCUUAUCAGAAAAAGUGCAAGAAUUAGAUAAGUUACAGAAUGAAUGGGCAUCACACACAGCUGCAUUGUCAAAUAAACAUUCCCAGGAACUAACAAACGAGAAAGAAAAGGCCUUGCAGGCACAGGUACAAUGUCAACAGCAGCAUGAACAACAGAAAAAAGAUUUAGAAAUCCUCCAUCAACGAAACAUCCAGCAGCUACAAAACAAAUUAUCUGAGUUAGAAGCGGCUAAUAAGGACCUAAUGGAAAGAAAAUAUAAAGGAGACUCUACCAUCAGAGAACUGAAAACAAAACUCUCUGGUGUUGAAGAGGAGCUCCAGCGGGCUAAGCAAGAAGUCCUCUCUUUGCGAAGAGAAAAUUCUACCCUAGAUGCUGAAUGCCAUGAAAAAGAAAAGCAUAUUAAUCAGCUACAAACAAAAGUGGCUGUUUUAGAACAGGAAAUCAAGGAUAAGGACCAGCUUGUUUUAAGAACAAAAGAAGCAUUUGAUACAAUCCAGGAACAAAAGGUGGCUUUAGAAGAAAAUGGUGAGAAAAAUCAGGUACAACUAGGAAAACUUGAAGCUACAAUAAAAUCAUUAUCAGCGGAACUUCUUAAGGCAAAUGAAAUUAUCAAGAAGUUGCAGGGGGAUCUGAAAACUUUAAUGGGUAAAUUGAAACUGAAGAAUACAGUAACUAUUCAGCAAGAGAAACUCUUAGCUGAGAAGGAAGAAAAAUUACAAAAGGAACAAAAGGAAUUACAAGAUGUUGGACAGUCUCUCCGAAUUAAAGAGCAAGAGGUAUGCAAAUUACAAGAACAAUUAGAAGCUACAGUCCAAAAACUUGAAGAAAGCAAACAGCUUCUAAAAAAUAAUGAAAAGUUAAUCACAUGGUUAAAUAAAGAACUAAAUGAAAAUCAGCUAGUGAGAAAGCAAGAUGUAUUGGGACCGUCCACCACUCCGCCUGUACAUUCGAGCAGCAACGCAAUCAGAAGUGGGAUUUCUCCUAAUUCUAAUGUGGUUGAUGGUAGACUUACUUACCCAGCCUGUGGGAUUGGUUACCCUGUCUCCUCUGCAUUUGCAUUCCAGAAUACCUUUCCUCAUCCUAUAUCUGCCAAAAAUAACAUCCAUCCAGUUUCAGGACCAAAGGUUCAGUUUAACUUGCAUUUUACAAAACCAAAUACGUCACUAGGAGAUGUUCAAACAGGAACAACUAUUAGUAUGCCUUGCUCAACUGAUAAGGAAAAUGGUGCAAAUUUAGGGCUGGAAUCCAAAUAUCUGAAGAAAAGGGAAGAUAGCAUUCCUUUACGCGGACUCAGCCAAAAUCUUUUCAGUAAUCCAGACCAUCAGAAAGAUGGCACUUUCGGAGCAGUACAGACAUCUUCAAAGCCCCCUGUGCUCCCUUCUGCACCGUCAGCCUAUUUCCCUGGGCAGUUAGCGAACAGUUGAUGCUAGUGUGACCUUUUACUUUUUAUUGAAAUUUUAGAAAUUCACAGGGUUUAAAAAUAUAUCAACAGCAUAGAUCAAAUCCUAAGCCAAGCAAGUUUCCAAGGUUACUUGAGCUUAACGUAUUAGAUCGUUUGGAUCCUUUUUAAAGGACCACUGUCUUUUAUGGCAAGGUAGAGGAGCCCAUGGGGGAUUCUGAGUGAGGAUUCUGAGUAAAUGACACUUUUUAGUGUGUGAACACGGUGUUUUAUAGAAUAAUAGUAUGAAUUUUAUUAAACGAAUCCUUAGAAAUUCUCAGAAGUUCGAAGGAAAGAGUUGGUCCUUUUAAGGGACAUUCUAGUCCUAUUGAGUAUCUGGGUAAAUGAAAACCUGCUCAGACAGAAUAUGAAACCAAAGAAUGUUAAUAAUUCAUUUUAUUUUCAUUGGUAAAAUAAAAGUUUUGACACCUGAGAAUUAUGAGGGAAAAUGAUUAUCUCCAAAGAUAGUAUUAUUGAUGUUUAUAGUAAAGGGAAAAGUCCUAAAAUUACCUUGAAUGAAUGAAAAUAAAUCCUUCAUAGCAAAUAAAUAUUUUCCUUGCAACCUCUUUAAAUUAGCUAUUAAACAAGUCUACUUAUUUUGAUAAAUUAUAAAAAUAAUUUGGACAGCAUAUUUACAUAACCAGAUUAGGCAGAAAGUGCUUUUAAUCAUUUUAACUGCAAAGUUUAUAGGAUUUUAAUGUUUUCUGGAAGUCUUGACACAUCUAUUUUUUUCUCUUUUUUGAAUUUCAUGAGUUUGUUUUGCAGUUACAUCUGUAUUAGAAUAUUUUAAAAAUUAGUACUAUAAAAAAUACUGGAAGAGCAUCAUGAAUAUUCAUUGUAUUUGUUUUUUUAUAUCAAUGGGUUCAUUUUAACAUUUGCUUAAUAAAGUAGGCAAAUUGAGUAACUGUUAGAAGUUAACAGCUGUUUUCCCUGUAACCAAGUGUUUCAAGUAAGAAUUACUUGGAAAAAAUUAGGUAAAAAAAAAUUCACCCAGUAUCAGAGGGUCCCCAAUUUGUUUUCUUGCUGACCACCACCCAGUACAGAGCAGCAUUGUCUUAUGAAACCUAUAAAUCAGUUUUUGUUUGCAAAGAUUGCUAAUACUUGUGUGAUAUUUAAAAAACCAUUUUGAAGAGGGGCGCCUGGGUGGCUCGGUUGAGCAUCUGAUUUUGGCUCAGGUCAUAUCUCAAGGCUCCUGAGUUUGAACCCUGCGCGUUGGCCUCUGUGCUGACAGCUCAGAGCCUGGAGCCUGCUUCAGAUUCUGUGUCUCCUUCUCUCUCUGCCCCACCACCCCC